ACUAAAGCAUAAAGUGUAUUGAAAUAUGACUGAUCAUUUGCUGUGGCCAUGAAGCUGAUGUGGCCGAAGUACCAUGGGUACAAUGACUCCAAAGCCUCCCACAGGUAUAGUCGUUGACCCUAACAGGAUCGAAUUACCGAGUUACACAGCCUAUGAGCACCCGUCCACCAAAUGGUUGCUGAACACUUUCCGGAAAGGUGCGAGCAAUCGACUGAUUGCCAUGCUAAAAGAAAGACCACACUUGUUUCGACAAACAUUUCAAAUUUUCGACUGUCCCUCAGAAGUGAUGGCAGACGCUAGUGACACUAAAAGUAUGUUCCACAGUGCGGCCAUACUUUACCUACGGCCGUUAUGUCUAGCCAUCUAUAUGCGAUGCAGAAGUGCUGUACAAAUAUUACUCGCUUCCAAUUUAUGCGAUCCGCUCGAAUAUAGUUACGCUUCUGAUGUGUAUGUGCAACUUCAAGGCUACAAUGGCGGAGAUCUGUUGGAACUAUUACCGGCGUGCGUUGCAAUCAGGCGUCAGUUUUGGGAAAUCUUACCUAAUCUAUUUCAUGCGUCUCCUAUGCACAAACCACCAACCUUCACCCCAAGAACCGCUUUUACGAUUCGAUAUCUGAGCCGUCGCAUGCAACGAACAACCAUGUUUGAGGACCUCUUUCACUAUGCCACAGACCUCGCACCCACUAACCGGCAUAUCAAUAUCGUCAAAAUUUUGGAAGUACUGAUUAACUAUUGUCCAGGGUUUUAUGUGCCCGGGACGCUGGACGAGUGCAAAAAUUCUGAACCAUAUUCCCUAUUUCGAAGACUCGCUCACUUGGCAGUGUACAUGGACAUUAACAAUCGCAUAAGCUUUCCCCUUAUUCAGUGCAUGGAAGCGCUAGUACGGAACUCGCAUUUUCGGCCCUGUGUAUCGACGACGGGUCGGAAUUCUGCAUGUAACACCAUACUUUUGAGCUUUAAGGAUGUACGCAAUAACUGGGAGGAAGCGACUGCUUGGAUUAAAGACUGCUAUAUAUGCGCCACCCUACUGUUUCGCUUGUAUGCCUUACUUGUAUCACGACUUAAGACCGGAAGUGUAAGCCAUGCGGGUAACUUACUCUUCAGAGUAUUGGUAGAGACAAAUUUGCUGGAGAGUACGCUAACGAUGUCGGUGGAAGAGCUUGGUGAGGCGUUAGACUUUAUCAUAAAAAAUGACAGGAUCGGUUGGGAAUACUUGAGAGAGAAACAGCAUUUUGUGGGAGGCAAAAUCCAAGAUGCUAUUGGCCAGGGAGAUGACGCAUGCUCAAUCGAUGUACACCCAACAGACACUAACAAGCGGUCAACCGCCGUUUUCGCAGAAUCGUUGGGUUUGUUAAUGCAUCUGGUGGAAAAGCUACGAAACAGGGACAGACUCGUACAGCUGAAACGUACUCACGCUCUUAAUGUAUCUGGUUCGUAUCGGGCUCAAUGGAUUAAGGACAACUUCAGUAUCUGUAAGGUUGGAAGUCAAUACCACGAAAAAACUAGUUCAGUACAUGUCCACCCUCUGGCUGACCGGUUUCUUCGUGUAAGCAAGCCUGUGUGUUCAGGUCAGAUGAAACCUACCUUCGAACAUGGUGUCAAUCAAGACGAAUUUCACCAGAUAAAAGAAUGCAGGAUUAAAACUGCUUUAGAAUGCAGAUCAAGGGCUUCUUCUUCGCCAACAGUCAUACAUCAGAUAGAUGCUUCUAAUCGCAGUGAGGCUGGCAACUGCUUUUCUACUCUAGAUACCAAAAUGACACAGCUUGCGUUAACAGCACCAGAAACGUGUGAUACAUGCUUAACUAACUCGGAGAAUUAUCGUCCAAGACCUCGUUCGGCGGUUAUUCGAGUCGCUGACAGUAUCGAAAAAAAGGUUAGAAGUAAUCCCUGUAACGGUGGUGAAGCAUUGACAGAUUUCUGCAACCUCAACAAAGAGGCUGGAGAUUCCAAUAUUCCAACAGCUGGUGCUCAAACGGAGUUACCUUCGGUUUCAGAAAUAGGGCAAACCGAAUCGGAUUCCAGCCCUCGUGUUGAAAUUGCUUUUUGUGAGAAGGCUUGCCAAGCAAAGCGGCAUGAGUGCCGCAAAGCAGUCAGCGCUUUGAUCGUGAAGAAGCGCAGCGUAGAAAAACUUAGCUUGCGUGAUGUGGACCAGUUGAUCGAUUGUAUCGCAAUGAGCGCCUUGGCCAAUGAAAAGGAAUUCGACGGCCAAACUAUUGAAGACCUGUUCCACGACUACAUGGAACAAGGUUCAUUCCCAUCCAGUACAGUUUCACGUGCUAACAGCUCGACUGGAACGCAGAUUUGCUGUAAACAGGCAGAAGCCGCGGACCUGGUUCAUCCAGAUACUUGGGUGGAUGGAACACACUCCACAAUUGUCACACCGGAAGGUGCAUAUGUAGCACAGGACGCAAAGAUACAAACAAGGAGUGGACCUUAUUGCACAACUGAGGAGGGAAUUCAGCAGAAACUUGCCAUCAACUUUGUCAACCCCAGGAUGGACGGUUCCGAUGCUUUGCCGAACGCGACUGAUCGAGAAGGCUCAUCCAACUACAGAAAAUUCUUGUGGUCAUGUGCCAAGCCAAUAUCGCAUUUGAACGUUGCGUUUGGAGCUCUAAAACAUCAUAUAUCUGUGAAUAGGAGAAGUGUUAGUCGAGUUAUAGAAAAAGCGAGUCCAAGGUCAAUGCACACAGAUUCUGUGAGCAUAAACUAGAACAACCGAAAAUUGGAUUACUCGCCGGGAAUUACGGGAAAGAAAAAGUUUGAAACUACUCCUUGUUAACAAUGGCAUUGGUCAAAGUCCUUGACUCAGAUGGAUGUUUUGCUCAUUCGGAAUAUUUAGUGAUUUAUAGCGCAUGAGACGUUAUCACCCAACACGGAUGUUCGCCAGACUCACUUCGAAACUCCUCAUGAGGGAUAUCUAGACUUCAUCUAUUGAUCACAACAACAAUUGACCAUGUCAAUUGAUCAAUUGUUGUGCUUUUCGCCGAACUACUUCUGCCCACUUCGAUAGGGAGAACAUCGAAACGAGUCGGAACCGGAGUAUAUAUGUCUUAACAGGGCAAUAGUUGUUAUGAGUAGCAAAGGAAUAAAGGGUAUAGCACAAGUAAUUAAAGUGUGAAGCAUCCACAGUCUGAAAUGUUUUUAAUUAGUGGAAUAACAUAGGCCUGCGCUGAAGUUCCGUGAUUUCCAUUCACAUGCGAUAGAAUUGCGUAGCUGGCACUACCAGCAUGCAUCAACGUCAGAUCGGAUCAGACACAAUUAAUCCUUUCGUACAACAAGGGUCACAACUAAUCGAAACUCGUACUCUAUGAAAUGUUUUACCGAUGCGAGCAGAAUGGAGCAUAUCCAGGAAAAAUUAAUUGCAUUGUCCGAAACUCGGGUGUUAACGUUUUGGACCUAAAACCUCACAUAUAUGUAUGUCUCAGUCCUGCUAUCCCAACGCGCUGCUGCUUACUUGGGUCACUGGCAGAGGAGAUCUUGCUCGAAGUAGAUAUUAGAGACAUCCACGGUGCCCUCCAUUUUGCGGUUAACUGCAUCCUCAUUGCGUCAAGUUUAUCAUGCCAAGCAGAUUAUACAUGUUUGUUUGACCCUCCCUACUUAUAACCUUGCAGCGAUUUAAACAAAGGUUCAGGGUUGUAUCCCUAAGUCAACUCCUUGCUUCGACUUUGGCAACCGGGUAGAAUCACGCCUUCUGGCAGAGAACUAUGGACUGAUUUACAUCGUGCUUAUUUGCUUCCGUUUUGUCUCUUGAAUUCACACGAAUUCAUCACAUAACCAUUGUUUGUGUGUUAACAAUCCAUGAUAUCCGCUACCUGAUUCAUAUGUCCAUGGAUCUGUCUGCGGUUACGGCAGCAUCUCGAACGAUGGAGCUCAACCUGUGUCCUUCCUUCGACUCCGAUCCUCGUAUCGUCUGGUGCGCUUCAACCUAUGGGCACUAAUGUGGAUUGCGCAACAAGCCGGUCUGGUGUGUAUCUUACAGCUCCUCGAUAUUGAUAUCCGCUACCUUUUCAAGACACAAUUGUAGAACCCCAGCACUGUGCUUACACUGAUACCCUCACUACCCACGGAGCCAUAUAUCACAUGUGUCAUUCUGGAGACCCAGAAUCAGUCUCGGCGGGUUUGGCUGGUGUAGGUAUAGCACUAAGUGCCAAGGCCGAGACCGCGCUACUGGACUACUAGCCGAUUAACAGCCAACUGUGUUCAAUGAAUAAUGAUCAAGAAUGAGCAAGUAAAAAAUUCUUUGGUCAACUUUUGCUUCUUCAGAGGUCUGUGAUCGUGAAGCGCAGAAUCCAAAAUUCGUCUUCUUACAGUUUGGAACUUACUGCAACACCAUGCUGUUCUAACGUCCUUUGUAACUGUCUGCUAAAUGCUUUGCGAUUCUUUCGGCAUUCCUCAAACAGAAGUGAGUUGUCUCG